AUGAGUGACUUAGGGCCUCUCUCCUUCUACCUGGGGAUCGAGGUGCACCAGGACGACUCCGGCAUCACACUCCGACAGACCACCUAUGACAAGCGCGUCAUUGAGCUAGGUGGGCUCACCGACUGCAACCCAACUCUCACUCCAAUGGAGGAGAGGCUGAAGCUGAGCCACGACAGCAUGGCUGAGGAGGUGGAUGCUACACAGUACCGGCGCCUUGUGGGGAGCCUUCGCUACCUUGCCCACAUGCGGCUAGACUUGGCAUUCUUCGUCAGCAAUGUUAGUCGGUUCAUGCAGCGACCGAUGACGGAGCACAAGCAGGCCAUCAAGAGGAUUGUCCACUACAUCGCGGGGACUCUCGACUACGGCCUCCACUACUCGAGGUGUCCCGGGGUGGCACACUUCAUCGGCUACAGUGACAGCAACCACGCUGGUGACAUCGAUACCAGCAAGAGCACGAGGGGGAUGCUCUUCUUCCUUGGUAAUUGCCUCGUCAGCUGGCAGUCAGUCAAGUAG